CUUUAACGUUCUAAUCCAUUCAAAACAAUGUCAAACAAACUUAGCUCACGUCCAAGCAGCAUCAACGUCGAACAAAUGUACAUUAUCACUGAGAGCUCGUCCUCUGAACAACAAAUAACCCCAUUGACUUCCAGCAUAGUACUUCCCUUCCUAAAAAUAUAGGAAUCAAGAGAAUCAGCCAGCACGAUCCUGACACAUUCAAGGUAAUUUCAAACUCCUAACUACAGACCUAUAAAAGGGAUUCCUUGUGAGAAAGAAGCUGUAGUCUACUCAGGCAUUGGUAGAGUCAACGUCUUCAAGCAGAAAUAAGAGCAUUCACGAGUAAAACACAUCCUCUAAGGUUUCUCUAGGCUUAAUAAUAUUCAAGUGCUUCCGGCUUCAGAGAGUAAUUUUAUCACACAGAAUGAAGAAGUCAAGGUUUGAAUUGAAGUCCCAUCCAGGUUAAUGAUCGACCAGGAUGAAGUCCCUAUCUUUAUUGAUAACCUUAGCCAGACAGAUUCUUCAUUUGAUGAGUUUGGAAAAGAUUCAGUAUCAAAAUAAACUUUCUAACGGCUCUCCUUUAUCUGGGAGAUUGCCCUGUAGAAAUAGCUAUGCUCAAAGUUUAGGAAGAGAAAUUGUAUUAGAUGAAGAAAAUGAAGAUCUAGAAGAGACGAAAGAGCUAAAGACGCUUAGAAAAAAAUGUAAAUGCGGCAGGCCAAAAAGAGAACCUCUUGUUAAAGAUCUAGAAAAGAGACCUUUAAAUCUCAAAUCACAAAGAAGUCUCCAGAGAUUCGAUAUUCUGAAACAUAACCCCAAAAAUUUUAAAGAGAGGAGCUAUAUUUUUGAUUUAAAAACCUCCCCUCCCAAGAUCCAAAAAAUUCCAAUAACCAACAAAUUCUACAAAAGGUCAGAUUUCAAAUACUCAUCAAACUACUCCACAGAGCCUUCAACUUCCAGAGUCACCAGGAACAUCCAGCGCCACACCAAAUACCACAACUACAUUAAGCAGCGUAGCAUUUCUAGGACCUCCAGCAACUCUUUCCUGAACCCUCAAAAUUCCAUCCAGAAGCAGUUUCAGAAGUCUUCUGUUCCCAACCUGACAAGAGCCAGAGUGAAUAGUUACUCACUCCAAGAUCUCCAUAUUCCACACAAGCUUCGCCUACCAAAGACUAAGAUUCCUAAGGAGUUACUGUUAAGUUCAAGGUUUUCACGAAGAGCUUAGAAGAGGCUUUUUAA